AUGACUGUUGGAGGUCCAACGAUCACCCUUUCAAAUGGAGUGGAAAUGCCUCAAGUUGGUUUGGGAACGUGGCAAUCCACUCCCGCUGAGGUAAAAGCGGCUGUAAUAGCAGCCGUAGAGGCUGGUUACCGUCUAAUUGACACUGCUACUGUUUAUGCGAAUGAGGGUGCCAUCGGCGAAGCUAUCCUUGAACUGAUCGAAGCCGGUAAAAUUAAGCGUGAGGAACUCUUCAUUACGACCAAGCUGUGGGCUACUCAUCUUCAUCCGAAUGACACGGAAUCUGCACUACGGGAAUCACUUCGUCUUCUCAAACUCGACUAUGUUGAUCUCUACCUAGCUCAUAUGCCAGCUUGUUUCAACCAUGAUAUGACAGAGCAGAAUCAUUCCGUAACCGUAGAAGAUGUAUGGAAAGGAUUGGAAGGCGUAUACAAAAAGGGUUUGACUAAAGCCAUUGGAAUUUCGAAUUUCAGCGGAGAACAAAUUGAACGAAUCAUGAAAACCGCAACUGUGCCAAUCCAUAACUUACAGGUAGAGCUGCACCUCUACUUCCCUCAGCAUGAUUUACAUGAUAUUUGUAAGAAACACAACAUUUCCUUAACCUCCUAUGCUACAUUAGGAUCUCCUGGACGUGUCAAUUUUUCGCUUCCCAGUGGAGCAAAAUUGGAGUGGGCUCCUGCAGCAAAUGAUUUGGAUAAUCCGAAUGUGAAGAAAUUGGCCGAGAAGUACAACAAAACUCCCGCCCAGAUCCUGUUACGUUACGUUAUGGAUAGAAAUAUUGCGGUGAUCCCAAAAUCCGUAAAUGCUUCUAGGAUCGCAGAAAAUUUCAACGUGUUCGACUUUGCCUUAGAUCAGCAAGAAAUCAAGGAGCUCGAGGCAACUCCUCAUCGGCAAAGGCUUUUCCUGCAAGAUUUCAUGGAAGGUCACCCAGAGGAUGCAUUCCCAUCGGAAAGAAGGCGUUGA